AUGGUGAGAAACAAUGUGGAUGAUAAGUGGACAACACACCUUCUAUCCAAACAUUUCUACUCCGAGAAGGUUUAUGAUGAUUCAUCCUCAGACCAGCCAAAAUUAAGGUGGCGUCACCGAAAUUUUUUUGCUGACAAUGGUGCUCCUCAGAGGUCACAUGUCAGUGAUUCUUCUGAUGACAAGACUGAUACAGAGAAGACUGAUACAGAGAAAAUGGAUGUGGAGCUGAAGCAAGUUUCUAGGAACCCAGGUGCUGAUGCAAUAGCAGACCCACUUGAUUGCGUUCUUGGGCUUCCAUCAGGGUUUGAGGAGAUUUGUCACCCUGUUACCUCCAGCACCUCCUCCAAAAGACAUAGUCAUCGUCAUAAACGAUCUCAUCACAAGCAUCGAAUGCGCCAUCGGGAAGUUUCUCCAAAUUCAGAAGAUACCGUGGCUUAA